AGCCACAUCUUUAACACAUGACGGCAGCAUUUUAAAUCCUCCCAUUCCGUAUCCAGAUGAGAUGACAAAAAUGAAUAAAGGGAUUUUGCAGAUUUGAGUCCCGAGUGAGAAUAUUAGCAACUGAAGAUCUCAUCAUACUUGGUUAUCCAAGUGUCACCCACAGCGCAAAGUUCAUCCGCAUCUGAAGGAACUUUGGAGAGUGGGAGUUUGGAGGACUCAUUUUAGACUCUCUGAACUGGAAACUUUUAAAAUUCGAUUAGCAUUCUUGUGCGCUCUGUAGGUGAUGCUUUUUUGGGGAUCGUUUGUGCGCAAAGGGAAAUUAUCUGUCUUUGACGCUGCCGGGGCUUUAUUCCUGACAAUGAAAAGCAAAUGAGACGCUUAUCGCAUCACUUUUGUUGACAGCACAACGACAGGAUGCGGGAGAGGGAACUGCAGCAUGUGGGCAGGAGAUUGCUGCUGUUGGGCAUCUGUCUGCUGUCUCUUUGGGGCCAGUUGAGUUUGGCCUCAACACAUCGCAGCCAUAUUGUGCAUGUCAAAGCAGGGACCUGUGAGGUCAUUGCAGCCCACCGCUGCUGUAACAAGAACAAAAUCGAGGAGCGUUCCCAAACUGUCAAGUGCUCUUGCUUUCCUGGGCAGGUUGCUGGGACAACAAGAGCAGCUCCAUCCUGCGUGGACGCUUCUAUAGUAGCACAGAAAUGGUGGUGUCAGAUGCAGCCGUGCAUGGAUGGUGAGGAGUGUAAGGUGUUGCCUGAUCUUAAAGGCUGGAGCUGCAGCACAGGAAGCAAAGUCAAGACGACCAAGGUCACACGAUAGUCUGGGAUCUAUUACAUUUGGGAUUAGCUGUACAUUUUUUUCUUUUUCUUUUUAUCAAAGCAAUGGAAAUGAAGAUAAAAAGACUACUUCACAACUAUGGAUAUCAAGUUUUUAGACCUUUAAUACUAAUAUCACUUGGAAUGGACCAGUUGAGCACAUGGAAAAUAAUUUUUUCUUUCCCCCGUGAAUGUUUGGCCUGCCAAACUCCUAUCUUUGUUUCAUAACAACACUGUUGGACAAGCUCAUGCACCAUGUAAAAUAAAUAUUCCAUAAAAUCAUCAAGAUUGUGGAUACGCUUAGAGAAUUCUACAAUUUCAGAACUAUGGAUUACAUUUCCUUUUUGAAGAGAAGUGGUCUUGAAAUGUUCGCUUGCUACUUAAAUGGUACGUGUUCUGGACGCACUAAUAUUCUGUCCCCUCUCCUUUGAUGCCAAUCAUUUUUUCUGUAAUUUAUGGCCAAACUUUUUGUUCAGUGUGAGAUGUAUGAUUUUUGGGUAUUCUUUUGGAGCACUCAGCUCCAUUUUAAAAUGGACUUGUGCAAACAAGAGGCAAGUAGAAAAUAAGAAUUACAGUUAUUAAUAAUGGAUGAAAUGUUAAAGUGGUCUACUAUGGGACCAGUUAAAAUUAAGAUAGCAAAAAGAUUUAUUGUCUGUUUUUAAAAGCCUUGGUGGCUGCUAUUGAGUAAAAGUGUCAGUAUUAACUCCAAUAAAAGUAUCUCUAUGGGAAAUCUCAUCCAAUCGUAACUUUGAAGAAUGGUUCUUUUUCAGUCAUAAAAGAGAAACUGCUUUUAAAGUCAAUGUGAAAUGAAAAUUGACCCUAUUUAUUGUCUAAAUGCACUUUUCUUGUCUUGCACGGUCCCCGUGUCCUAACCAGGCGUGAAAUG